CAUUCGUCCAGUUGCUUCUCUCAACGUCAUCCGACACGCGACAGAUCAGAGUGAGAGAGAGAUGAGCAGGAUCGCAUUUCUACCUGCACCGCUUGCUCCGAUCCCUAUCCUCGUUCCCCAGCCGUUGGCUCUCUAAUUAAUGGCGGCGACGCUACUACCACCGGCGACUGAUCUCCUUCCGCUGCUCUCGUCACUGAUUCUCUCCGUCCUACUGCUCCUUCCUCCUCCGGCGCUCUCUGAUCCAGAUGACGAGGCCUGCCUCUCCAAUCUCCGCAGCUCGCUGACGGAUCCCACCGGUAGCCUCCGCAACUGGACGGAGGCCACCUUCGCCUCCCCCUGCAACGGCUUCACUUCCUACCUCGAGGGCGUCACCUGCAACAACGGCCGCGUCUACAAGCUCUCCCUCCCGGCCUUCUCCCUCGGCGGCGCUGUCUCCCCGUCGAUCGCCAACUGCACCAACCUCCAAUCCCUCGACCUCUCCUCCAACGCCCUUUCCGGCUCCAUCCCCCCGGAGCUCUCCUCCCUCCUCAACCUCGCCGUCCUCAACCUCUCCUCCAACCGCCUCUCCGGCCCCAUCCCGCCGGACCUCGCCCUCUGCGCCUACCUCAACGUCCUCGACCUCCACUCCAACCUCCUCUCCGGCAUCAUCCCAGACCAGCUCGGCCUCCUCGUCCGCCUCUCCACCUUCGACGUCUCCUACAACCGCCUCGAGGGCCCCAUUCCGACCCUGCUCGCCAACCGCAGCGCCUUGGGCGGCGCAGCCGCCGCCGCGAUUCCCAGGUUCAACGCCUCCUCCUUCCUCGGCAAUAAGGACUUGUACGGGUACCCCCUCUCGCCGAAGCGGGGCGGUGGGCUCUCGGUGCUCGCCAUUGUCGGGAUCGGCCUCGGCAGUGGACUUAUCAGCUUGGUGCUUAGCUUCACCGCCGUUUGCAUCUGGCUCCGGCUCACCGACCGGGCCGCAUUGACGACCGGCGAGGAGGCAAAGAUUUCAAACCUCAUGCCCGAUUAUUGACAUCAAUUUGCCACCCACCCUCCUAUGUUCUAGCUCCAUCUCCCUCCGUUUUCUUUACCAAUUAAGUACAUAUUUGUUGCUUCACUUUCUCUUUACUAAGUCGACUUUUUGUGAUCUAAACGUCUGAAUCAGUUGUAUAAACACAUUGAUGGGACAAAUUGUCAUCACUACGUGGCCUCGAGUGCAGUAAUUCGAGCUGUUCUGUUUUUUAUGGAAGAUAAAGGUGAAAUAUGUACAGCAUCUUCCGUGUCAUUGCUUUUAUGGCAUGGCCAAAAGGAUUUGGAGGGAGCUGGUGACUUUCCAUUGCUUUAUUGCUGUCUCACUGUGCUGCAAAGGAAGAGUCGUGGAUCUGGCAUCAGUUUCCAGCUUUAAAGUUAACUAAGAGGUUCAGUACAGUCUCUAAUUAGUGGAUCCGAGAUCAUGAUCACUUAAUUUCCUGAGACUAAAAAAACAAAGCAUGUGUAUGAGAACGUUCAGAUCUUGUUAUAUUCUCAAUUAGCCCUGACACAUCGCAGAGACCAAUUGUUGCCGUUGCAGCACCGCUUAUUUGAGCUCUCUGUCUGUGAGUGUCAAUUGCGAAAGUUUUGCUGCCCAAGGUAGAAAGUGGAGGUGUACAGUGUGAUUCUGUAUCUAUUAAAUAAAGGAAGAAGAAAUAUAAAAUGUUUAUGCUGUAGCUAGCGAUUAUGAAGAACAAGGACAUGAUCUUAUU